AUGUCUCUGUUUAUUGCAGCGGUGUAUUUGACAGCGUUGACCGUGGUUGAGGUGGUCAUGGGGAAGCAUGCUGGUAAGGCCAUGACUGAGAAGGAUGCCGAGACAUUGUGUAAUCUUAGCUAUGCUUUGAGGGUUGUGAGCGCUGACAUUCAAAGAAAGCAAAAAGAUGCGACUGCAAAGGUGGAUGAAGUGCGAGAGUGGCGGCACCGGCAUGGUGUAAAGGGGAGGACAUGGAAAGCAAUAGUACAGGGUUUGGAGAAGAUAAGGGUUGUUAAUGAAAGUUACAUGGAAGGUAUAAAGAAAACAUAUGGGGAAAUGGAAAAGAUAAUGAACGGUACGGAUAGUGCCCUUUUGAUAAUGGAUACUAGUUUUUUAAGCAUUGUGAGAGUGUCCUAUCAUGUUGUGAAUGCGUCAGAAUCUAUUGGACAGGUAUUGAGGGAUCUGGUGGUGAUGUUUGAGAAAACGAAGGAUGAAAAAGAUAGUUGGUGCUGUUUGGUGAAAGGUAAAGAAGCGUUGAGUGGCGAAGGAUGUGGAAAUGGUGGGGAUGGUAAUGAUCAGAAAUACAAAGUGGUUGGUAUACCCGAAAAAUGUAAGACAUCUGUUACUGUGAAUACAACGAGCGAAGGAAUAAUGACAUUACUAAAAGAACAUGAGAGAAGUCAAGAAAUCGAAUUUACAACUAAUGAGAGACCGAAUUGCUGGAUCAUGGGUACGGAAAAAGUUGCUAAUGGAGGAGCUGGAUCUUUCAUAGUGGGAGCUACUGGAGGCUUUGUUACGUACCGUAACGGCGAUGCUGUUACUCUGAGAUCUCAGAAUAUGAUACCCGAACUCAUCAAGAACUACACCUUAGUUAGAAAGGGAUAUGAAAGUAUCAAGGACAAAUACAAUAAGUUAAAACCAAAUUUUGGACCUUUUGAUGAACACGAAAACCAACUAAAAGAAUUGUUAACUCAGAGCCCGAUGGUACGUAGGUAUUUCAAGGAGAGUGGGAAGAAGCGCAAGGGAGGUGAGGAUGAUGAUGAUGUAAUAGAUGAUGAAGGAUCCUCCAUGAGAAAACAAUGGGCGGCAGCAGGCGUAAUCUCUCGCUGCAGUUCUAGUUUUGUAGCUUUAUCAUUUUGCACGGUAUUGUAG